AUGACCAAGAAGACGAGACCGGCGCGCCGUCUCUUUGGACGACCACCAGAGGGACCCGGGCCACAGCAAACCUUCAAUAGCACAUUCCAAGUAACCCCGGCCCCGUCGCCUACCCAUCAAGCGCAGUUUCGUCUCAGCACCCCUGCGCACGCUGAGUCGCCUGCGCCCGCACCACCAUCGUCAAUUGCGCCCGGCGACCGCGCACACGACGAUCAGCGUGAGGUCGCCAAGCGAGCUGGGGGCUCCAAACGCUCAAGUCUUAAUGCACCUUCCGCAAGCCCGACCGCCCCAGAAGACCAUCUUUGGACAGGCGACGGUGUCGCGGGCGGACCCUCUAAGCGACGCCGCCCUUCAAUCGCAGCACACCGUCCCACGCUGAGCACCCCGGCCGCCGCCGUCUCAACCACACAAGCGGCGGGUGGGCGCUUCCUACGGAGCCGGUCAAGCACCGCCGUGGCAGCCGACAUAAUCAACGCCUUAGACAACAACGCUGCGGGCCCCAGCUCUCUCCCCGCAAGACUGCGCGACGGCUCGCUUCCAGCUACGUCUGACUAUCGUGGGACUCCUCAGAUGGCACCUAGCACUCCUGGUCAGUACUCUCCAUACGGCACGACUUCACCCUUCCGCACGCCCUCCUCUGGCUCCGGGGCCUCGACCUGCCAUCACCGACUGCCUUCCUAUGACUUGCCCUAUGCUUCUCCCGCGGACAAUUCGCCAUGGACCCAUGCGUCUCCAUCGCCAGCCCCGCGCACCCCAGGCUCGCACCGCGGGGCGAGUGUACCCCUCAGCACGGCCUCGGAGUCGUCUCCAUACCUCGGGUUUAUGAUCGGGGAAUUUUCCCCAGAGAUGCCGUCCCUGGAUGCAGAUGGUGAGGAGAUGCCCCCGCUCACCCCGGACCACGCGGCGGCCCUGGAGCUCCCGCGCAACUGGGGCCGCCCGCGAUCGCACUCCUCGACGCAGGUCACGCGCGGCCAGCGCGGGGGCCUCUUCUUAUCCGCCGAGGCGACCCAGUCGAGUAUAUCGGUUCCGGAGGAGCUCCAGGGUUUGCAAUUCCCCCCGGAGGUGUUUGGGCUGGACGAGUCCGCGUACGAGGACCCGCGUACGCCCGAGCAUGACGAGCUCGCGCAACUGCCCGGGCUGCAUGUGCUUUCUCCCUCCCGGCACCCUCCGCCAUCCUCUCGCUCUCAGGCGCCGCGCCGUGCUUCUGGCUUUUAG